CUUGCUGGGAAAUCAUUGUUUUGCUCCUUACCGCCAAAUGCAUUACGUGCUGAUGAGAAGACGCAUCCGGUGAUGCCCAAACUUGUUCACACUGAGAUGCGACGUCACACCUCGACUACUACUACUACUAACACUACUUCACGUUCGGAUCCUAUCGCAUCGGAACACGACGAUGAGGAUGAUGAUCUGAAAACUGGUUUGCUCCAUUCCCCCGGUCCUCUAUCUGCAGAUGAUUUGGCGAAAUUGGGCUAUUUUACAGAUUGCGAAAGUACUCACCUUCUGGGGUGGUUCAUUGUGUACGAAGGGAUCGGGCAAGAGGUUGUUCUGGAACAUCUUCUUCCCGGUUCGCAUGUCCUGUUCCGUGUGCGAGCUUGUUCUGCUGCCGAUUUCCAGUCACAAUCGAUCCUCGUCGGUCCGCCCUCGACACCACCGUUCCCGGUUGUGCUCCCCGCCGUAUGGCAAUUGGACUCGGCUUUGACCAAUCCCCAAUCCGGGGAUUCUGACGAUGAUCCAGAUGCGGAUCCCGAUGGAGACAACACUUCUGGAGAUUCGGCUUUUCCACCAAUCGCUGGUUCCAAAGAUUCAAACGCACCACCAUCACUCCUGCUCCGGUCGUCCAGUAUGGAUGGUCUCGGUACCACAAUGGGACGUCUCAUCUGCUCGGUGUUCUCACCCGAAUGUCGAGUAGUCGGUCUGCGUCCAGGUAACACGUACGCGUUCCGUGUCCGCGCGUACAAUCGUGUUGGUUGGGGUCCCUGGACUGAUUGGACUCGAGUCACUACGGUUCCUGGUCCGCCAGCCGCUCCGCAUAAUCCGCCUCGCGUGCAACCGUUGCCCGACACCGAACGCAUCCGUAUCGAGUGGGAUCCAGUACGACGGGGCAAUGGUGCUGCUGUGUCGGCCUAUAUUUUGGAGUGGCAACCCGUGUCUGGUCUCUCGUCGGGAACUAAAACCGAAUUGUGUGACUUUCAAUUGGUACGAUUAGCUCAGCUCAUCGCUGUUGUCACAAUCUAG